CCACUUCUCCCACCCAUCGCGCCUAAACAUGUUGGCAAGAAGUGUUUAGUGCUUGACCUGGACCAGACCCUCGUCCAUAUUAACAUCAUGCCCAUACCAGAUCCAGACUUUGUCGUUCCUGUCCAAAUUGAGCAUCAAUGGCACAACAUGUAUGUACAGAAGCGACCAGGAGUAGACGAGUUUCUUCGACAGAUGGGUGAGCUGUACGAAGUAGUAGUGUACACCGCAAGUCUGGGUUCCUAUGCAGAUCCGGUGAUGGACCAUCUCGAUAUCUACAAUGCCGUUUCGCAUAGGCUUUCGAGUUGGGCCGCAAGAACGUGGAUAAUUCUGCCAACCUACAUAUACUGCACCAGUGGGUAG